AGUCGGUACACUUCCAUGGUGCUGCUCCUGACGUGAACCGGUACACAAUUAAAAAAACAAAAACAAACUUAGCUCUCUUUGCACUUUCAGACACCUGAAAGUUGACUCAACACGACCAGUAUAGUGUCAUGUGUCGCCAGAGUCUUUGGCAUUUCACCGAAUGAAAUCAGCUAUACUUAGCCAGUGAACUUCUCCUCUUUAAAAAGAUCAGAGUGAAGUGAACAAUCGAGACAUUUGGUUGACAACUAGUGGAUAAGAUGAAGCCAUCUAUAUCUUUGCUAUUGAUUGCCGUAAGUGUGUGCGGUCUGGCCAUCCAUGCAGCAUCAAUAUCCAGAAAAACGCUCGUAGUGUCAGAACCACUAAGCUUCCUUACGAAAUUCAUUCUAAACAAACGAGCCAAAGCGGUGAAUGCAGAGAGAAAUGACGAUGUUCAAACUCUUGGCGCAACUAAAAGAGCAAGCGUGACUCUCGAGACGCCUAUCGUUGCAGCAGAGUCUAUACGAAUUGAAGUAAAGGCUGAACACCCGAGAAUUGGAGAAGUUUCUGAAACCAAAGAAACUAAAAAUCUAAUUGAAAACGAUAGCGAAAAACUGGCCGUCAUUUCUACGAGUCCCAGAUCCUCAUCUACCACCGAACCUUCUACGUGGAGCUGGUGGCAACUGAAUAACCCCAAAAAAUCUGUCAAAACCAAGCCAAGAGAUGUCAUCAAGUUAUCAUUCCACGGUGACGUUAAUACUGCCAGAAGGUCCACUGGAACCGAUCCUGUCGAAGUCGUUGAGGCUGUAGCUGAUGUCACUCCAGUCGAGGCAGUCCCCGUUGAAGUUGUCGAAACAGUCGCACAAGACGCCAUUGUUGAGUCGACCGGAGAAAGUGCUUCCAGCAUUUUCGUGGCUACCACCCCGCAAUCUGUUGAGAAAAAAGGUUCCAUUAAAAUCGUGGCGAGUCCCAAGCACCACAUUCUGUACGAAGAUAACACACCUGAUUUUCACGUCACGUUGCAAGUGAUUAAGGUGGAGAUAGAUCCAGCUCACAUCAAACCAGUACCUGAAACCGUUGCGGUGGACGUCAAACCGGCUGAAAUCGCAUCCGGCGUAGAUGUUUCCGCUUCAAGCAGUGCUGCGGCCGGUACAGGUGAAGCUACUGCAGUGGGGGCUCAAACUGUUGCUGUUGCGACUGCAAUUUCAGAUAUUUCUGUAGACGAAAGGAUUUCUACUGUAGAUGUUACGUCGGGCAACGUCCAGGUGAAUUUAGACUCGGAAUCAUAUGUGUCUCAGUCUGGACUUGCUGGAACCGGAGUAGCUGAAGGAGAUGAAGGAGCUGGAGGAGAUGAAGGAGCUGGAGGAGAUGAAGGAGCUGGAGGAGAUGAAGGAGCUGGAGAAACUGAAGUGACUGGAGUAACUGGAAUUGCUGAAAUAGCCGAAAGGCCUGUGGACAAAUCUAAAAACGAGGCUCAAAACGAAAAAAGCAGAGACACCGAAGAUGGAAUUGAUAGCUCAGAGGAGGAUGAAUGAAGUUCUUCCCAGGAAUCUCAUUUGCUAUUUACCGAAAUGUAACGGGAAAAUUCAGUUCUUAACUUCCUUAAUCGACCAGUGAUAAAUAUCCAAUUGCACGUGUAUCAAAAUCGUUAGACCGUUUUCAUCUCGAUAAUAAAACAUAAUUCAUUUUA